UGUGAACAUAUGGCUUCUAUUAAACUGAAACUACCCAGCGGCCAGCGCACUUCAUUUAUCAGGCGUGAGCCCUAUUUAUUUUGUAAUAAAAGAAACAUAAUUUGAUGUUUACCACAUACUUUAAAUGAAUGUUGAUGAGCUCAGAGUUCAGAGUUCUUUGUGAUAUUGGUGAUAUUUUUUUUUCUUAGAUUCACUUCACAUUUCACAAGAACAAUUAAUGUCCACUCUUUUUUUGUGACUGGUGGCUGGGGAGAUUGUAAACCUGCAGUAAAAGCAGUAAACCAUGGGCUCAGUGAAAAAGAAGGCCUCCAAGGCAUGCUCGGAGUCGGACUCUGACGAUCGCCGCGGGCGGGCUCGGUCGGGCAGCAGUAGCCGCUCCCAGGGUAGGCCACCGCAUAAGACCAAAUGCAAACGGCGGAAGAGCGGCCGCAGCAGCAGCAGCAGUAGCAGCUCGUCGGAGCGCCGCCCCGCCAUCAAAAAGUUAUCCCUGCCGCCGACCAAACGGAAACGGCGGGAGCGCAGCAGCAGUAGCAGCAGUAGCAGAAGUAGCAGUAGCAGCAGCAGUAGCAGCAGCAGUACUAGCGAGGAAGAGCGGAGACGGAAGGCGGAAAAGAAGCGUGCAAAGAAGGAGAAGAAGCGUCGGAAGAAGGCGAAGAAGAAGCUGAAGAAGCAGCUGAAGCGGGAGGCUCGGGCGGCCCAGUCGGCCGCGGCGGGCGCCCGGUCCGACGGGGAGGUCGAGAUCGGGCCGCCGCUGCCGGACGCCGGCGUCGGCCAGGCCAUGAAGCCCAUGACCAAGGAGGAGUGGGACAAGCAGCGGAACGAGCUGCGCCGCGUCGUCGACCCGGAGACGGGCCGCAGCCGGCUGAUCCGCGGACGGGGAGAGAUCGUAGAGGAAGUCGUCAGCCAGCGGCGCCACCAGCAGAUCAACAAGCAGGCGACGCUGAACGACGGCGCCCAAUUCCAGAAGGAGAUCGCCCGGCGACUAGUCAAUUAAUCUCAGCGCCGGCGCGGUGGGUAACUAUUUAUGGGACGCGGUGCUCGGUCGGUCAGUUGGUCCGAGAUCGCCGCCUGACUGACCCCUCGUACUAUUCUGCUUUGCUUGAAACUGCCGGUGUGGAUUGUGGUGUUUUCUUUAGUGUGCUUAACUUAUGAAUAGUGAAAAGCUCGUAAUUGCUUCGUCGUUCCCAAGCGGAAAUGCUUUGGUAAGUUUUCACGAAGUCCGUAGGUACUUACCCUAAUGUAUUUAAAUCUGAUGAUGGCUGUGGCACCAGAAUUGCGAGAUUCUGACCAUUGUUGUGUUUGUUCUAAGGAUUGAUUUUGAUGUCUCUUCUGACACCCUUGUAGGUUACUGGACGUUUGAAUAUUUCACAAUCACACUUCUGCAAAUAACGUAACCAUGAGUUUCGCGGCUGAUUCCCGUGCAUAAUACUUCAGGACAGUUCAGUUACAACUGUGAUGCAUUGUAGGUAUUUGAGUCUGAAUGCGAGUGAACUGUGGACACGGACCCUGCUUGUUUUAUAAGCAGGCUUUACGAGCAUAUUUGCACGCCGUUCUAGCUCCUGAUGCCUUCUGCGCCAUUCCGGCGGCUGGCAUGUCGAACCCGGUCAGUUUACAUGAUUCUGUCUAUUACAAUAGCUAUCUUCCAGUAACGCAUCCAGCGGAAUUGUCUGCAUCAGUGAUGCGAUUGGUAGUCGAGGGACGAUUUCGUUCAGAAGUAGAGGUCUGUCGACUGCUGUAGCACGUAUCUGUCGGGCUUGACUGGCGACCGGAUCUGCUGUAUUUAUGUGUCAAUAAAGGACAGAGCAAGUCAGCAA